AUGCGCACAAUCAGACCUUCAUGGGCGAUACUCCUGCUAAUCGGAGCAGGAGCCGCCGAAGCAGGACUGGAUCUCACGAACGCGCCGCGAUUUGCAGAAAAGAGAUUUGAUCACGCGGUAGAUCCACUUGAGGGAGCACAAGGGAACAAUGUGGAAGGGGUCGCGGGACCCGCCAUCGAGGCACGAAACCCAUUGGAUGCCAGCGCUUUGCUGAAUGGCCUCGGCCAAGGACCAGAGGGCAAUACAGGUGGAAACAACAAGCCAAGUACCGGCAACAUUGGCGGCGACCUUGCGAAUCAGAUUGCCGGUGGAGGAUCUCCGAGCCUUGAUCAAAUCAUUGGGGGUGUCAACGGACAAGGGAAGGGUGGUGCGCAGAACCAGAGCACAUCACAAGAGCCGGGCAAGCCAAAAGGAGAAGGCAAUGCUGGAGGUCAAGUGGCACCGCAGAACAGUGCUGGAAACGGUAUUGUGAUUCAGGUCGAGAAGACUACCAUCAUGGAGGCAAAUGGUCAACAGAUCCAGACAGAUGUCGUUAAGGAGGUAGGAAAACAGUCUCCAGCGCCAGCGCUUGUCGAAGCACCACCUGCAGCACCAACUGCAGCGCCACCAGCGGCAGCUCAGCCAACACCCCCUCCGGCUCCCAAGGGGGAGAUGUCCGCAUCUCUGCCUGCUCCUAUGGCAGCUCUACCAUCCCCUGAAGGCAAGCCUGCACCACCGCCACCAGUUGCGAUGGGCGAGAUGCCUCAGCCGGGACCUGAAGGUAAGCCUGCACCGUCACCAGGCCUAGGCCCGGAAGGAAUGCCAGCACCGCCGGCUCCUAUGGCAGCUCUGCCACCCCCUGAAGGCAAGCCUGCACCACCACCAGCACCGAUGGCUGGAAUGCCGCCCCCGCCUGCUGAAGGAAAGCCGGGAAUGCUACCACCACCAGCACCACCUGCUCCCGCAGCCGAGGUACCCAAACAAGCGGCGAACAGUACGGCUGUGAUGGAGGCUGCAAAGUCUGCACCAGAAGCUCGUAUUACCACGUCCGCCGAGGGAAACAAGGCUGAAGCCAGCCCAAUCCCUUCAUUUGCACUGAUCACUUCAGUCCCGUCGUUCACUCUGGCACUUUCGUCAGCCAGUGCCAACAGCACCAUGGCCGCCGGUGUUACUGUUUCGGCUGGCGGCGACUCAGCAGGAGGAGCAGAAUCUGGAGCGAAAUCAUCUGCAUCGGCAACCAGAUCUUCUAAAGCGGGAGCUCCUCCAGGUGCAAUUACCGUAAUAGCCGGAUCUGGAUCGAAUGCUACGUCUGCGAAAGCAGGAUCUCCACCAGCGGCUAUUACAGUGGAAGCUGGAGUGGGCGGCAAUGCUACGUCGGCAAAGGCAGGAUCUCCUCCGGCCGCUAUUACUGUAGAAGCGGGAGUGGGAGGAAGUGCAACAUCGGCAACAUCAGGAGCUCCUCCAGCCGGGGUCACAGUGUCAGCGGGAUCAGGAGGAAUGGCAUCGUCCACCAAAGCAGGAUCUCCACCAGCAGCUAUAACAGUGGAAGCUGGAGUGGGCGGAAAUGCUACGUCGGCAAAAGCAGGAAGUCCUCCAGCAGCAAUCACAGUUGAAGCUGGAUCUGGUGGAAGUGGUGCCUCGGCCAGUACAUCGUCAGCGAAUGGAGCCUCGGCAAGCGGUGUAACUGUUGUCGCUGGUGGAGGCAGUGGCGCCGCUGGCUCGGGUUCCGCCAAUGGGACGGUGACUGUUAUCGCAGGCACUGGCGGAAAAGCCAACGUUACCAAUGCAGAAGAGGCCGCUAAGAACGGUGGUUGUGCUUGCAAAUGUAGCUGUCCUGCAGGAUCCUUCCCGAUGAAUGCUCAGGCUCCUCCGCCAUUCCAGCUCGGCUCCAUGGUAUCAUCUGCCGCGAGUACUAUGCAGACUGUAGUAUCCGCAUCUAGUGCUGCUCAAGAAGCAGUUUCGAUUCCGUCCAGCAGCGCCGCAGCAACAAGCGAAUCAGCGACAUUAGCAAGUGAAGCUGCAACACCAUCAUCAGCAUCAUCAUCAUCAUCAGCAUCAUCAUCAUCAUCAGCAGCAGCAGCAGUAGGCGAAGCCAUUUCGACACCACCAGCGGCUGCUAGUGAGGCCGUUGCAAGUUCAGCCGCUUCUACGACAAGUGAGGCCAGAAGCGUACCAGCACAAUCCCAGAUCCAGGGGAACACAGGGGCUGGAACGACAGUUGGACCACCACCUCCUCCUCCCGCAGCACAGUCAACCCCAGCGAACGGGUUGCCAUUCAACAUUGAGACAGUGCAGCUGCACAGUCGAGUAACGGUUAAUCUUGGCAAGAGAUUAGCUCAGCCGACGCAGAAGAAAAGAUGGUGGUAG